AUGAGUCCUACACGACUCCAUGACCAAUAUGUAAACAAAGAAUUACCCAAUAAUGGCAUGAUUCCACCACAUUUGAAGAUCAAUAAAGACUCACAUUUCAUCAAGAAAUUGCCAUCUUCGUCUUCGUCGUCGGUUAUCAAUGGCGUCGCGUCCAAGCCACCUCAGCCACGCUAUCCCGUCAUCAUUUACACGCAUUCUCCGAAAGUAAUUCACACGCAGCCUCGAGACUUCAUGGCAUUGGUGCAAAAACUCACCGGAUACUCACCUUCCGAGGACGAACCUGAGAACGAUGGAUGCGACGACGAAAAUGUUAAGAAAAGUGUGAUCAAUGAUGACAAUGAGUCUUCCUCAGUUGUGACAGAUGAGACUAUCAAUGGUAGUAUCUGUACAUUCGGAGAUUCCCAGGUUAAUUCCCUGUUCGUUCCUCCAAAUCCUGGAUUCAAUAGUUUACCUUGUGUUCAUCCGAAUUCGACAGACAUAUUGCCAUCAGCUCCACCAUUUUAUAACAACGCAGAUUCAUUGAUGUUCAUGCAUAGAAUGAGAAGCUCUUUUUCAACUUCUACACUGGAUGCUAUGAAGGAUUUGCCAGAAUUUUGA